UGCUCAUCACUAUAAAAUGGCCGCUGUUGCAGCAAGUGCAUGAAAAAUUGUAUAUAAAAACUUAUUCAAGUGCAUAGGAAUUUCAACUUUAAAGUGCAUUUUUAUAAAAAGUUAACCAAUUCAAAGGCACCCGGGAUAUGGCCGAAGUUGGUGUAAUAGAAUUAGAUGCACAGCAAAAGCCCAAAGCGGCAGCAUCGGAAACAAACAGCAUCGAAGCAGAAGAAGCAGAAAAAGCGGUCGCAUCAGAACCCAAACAUGAGGAAAAGAAAAUAUCCAGCGACGAUUCACUGGCCCACGAGCCUAAAAUCGAAAAGCUCGAUGAGCUGUGCUCAUUGGAGCAGGAAAUAGCUAAAAUGCAUAACAUACAGCAUGGCACAGAGUCUGGCCAAGAGGAAGAGGAGACGACACCGCUGCUAAACGCCCCGGCUGGCAGCACAGCCGAAAACGGCAAUGGGAGCAGCAAUGAUGCACUGAUCAUGGACGAGCUAACAACCACAAAGCGUUGCACUCCGGUCAACAAGGCGCAUGUCAAGGAAGAGCCGGUAACAGCAGCCGCAUUGGAAGAAGCCGAUCUGAUAGCACUGCUCAAGGGCACCGAUCAGGAACAGGAGCACUCAGUUCAGCCAGCGGCAAGUGAACAAAAGUCCAACAUUGAGCUGACACUAGCCAAGCUGGACAAUGUGGGCGUCACAAUUGAGGGUGAGGGGCAAUACGAGAUCAUGGAAAUCGAUGACGGUGACAAUGUGAGCGGGCCCAGUCCAGAACUGACGGCAACAGUUAACAGUAGUCCGACUGCCCCAAAGACUGGCUUAAAGUUUACUGGCAAAUCGAAGCUGUCGCCGGAGCAGGCACGUGCCGUGGCACUCGAGCAAAUGGCUAAUCUGACGGCACAGAAAUCGCGGCGCAAAGACCCAGCGGCAGCGACGGCUAAGCAGCAACAGCAACAACCGCUGGACAUUAUCAGCUCGCUGAACGAUGACUGGAACGAGUACGACAGCGGCAGUGACACUGCCUCCAAUUCCAAAGCAAUACACGCCACAAAGAAGCCGUUCAUCAAGAAGCCGAAGCCAGUCAUCGAGGCGCCGCUGAUGGUGGGCAGCGUUAAGGUAAUGCUGAAAUCCGUCAGCCAAAAACCAGUGGAGAAGCCCAAACCUGCUGCUGAGCAGCCCAGCAGCAAUUCGGAAACCACUGGUUUCAAGCGUACGCGCAUUAUAAAGCGCAAAAUUAUUUGGGAUCCAGAUGUGCCUGAAACGCAAAAGUCCUUUGCGCAAUAUGCAAGUGCGAAGCCCAACGCGACCGCAGCUGCAAAAGCAACAACAAGCGUACCAGCUCCGCAAGCAACAAUCGCAGCCACAGCAGCAACAACUACAACAACAAUAACAACAAUAACAAAGACAAGCAACGCGGAAACAGCGCCCAAAAAGCCUCGACCAUCUACACCCAAAGAGACACCGAAGGCGGCUGUCAAACGCUCCGCAACACCAGCAAAACUUACAGAAUCGAAUGCGAUGACAUCGCCGCCCAAGCGUCGCUCUCAGACACCGAAUGUGCCAAAUGGUGCCGGCAGCUUGACCAAAAAGAAGAAGGUCAGCGAAAUUGAUCGCCUGAUGGGUGACGAGGGUGCCGCCAAUAUGAUGCAAGCUGUCGAGCGUGAACAGCGAGAGUUGAGCGGCGGCGAGGCAGCCAAUAAGCCGCUGAUGCGCAAGCGGGCACUCACCAUAACAGGAAGGCUACAGAAAGCAGCGGUAGCCAAUGCAGUUGAGGUUGCAGCAGCGCCCACGAAAAAAGAGAGCCCACCCAAAGCCGGCAAGCGUGCGACAACAAACAGUGCAGCUGCCGUGGAUGCUGUGUUCACCAAGGGCACGAAGCCGCGUGCAUCUGAUUCCUGGGAUUAUGUUUACAAGCAACGGGCCAGCGAGGAGUCUAUGAUUAUGCGUCGACGCUCCAAUAGCUCGUACUCCAGUAACGCGUCUGUCAACCGACUGUCGCUGGACAAUAAGCCCGGCACAGUGGCCAAUCUGUCGGAUGAUGCCUCAGAUGCGUCUGCGAUGGAUCCGUCGUUUAUAUUCUUGAAACCUGAAAACAAAGCCAACCAAAGAAGCGAUGGCAGUGCACCGCAAACGCUGGCCAAUGAUUUUAAACGUGGCGGACUGCAGCUCAAAGAGGUAAAGGUAGCCAAUAUGGAGCUGGUGACGCUGCACAAGCUGGAGAAGGUUGCGCAAUUAGUUAUCAACACGCAGCUCUCGAAAACGGGCUACACAUACAAAUUGCAGUUGUUGCAAAAACUCACCGAAAUGCUAAACAAAUUGGCCAAAAGCAACGAUUGCAACACGGUGCUACUGAGCGUGCAGGGACAACAAUUCUGUCAGGGCAUCGAUUGCCAGGAGCUGGUGGCAGCCACGCCGGAGAAGCGCAAAAGUGGCGCCACGCAAUUGGCCUUAGUUUUAAAAACAUAUCUACGCACCUUGGCUACAUUCCCCAAGCCCCUGGUGGCUGGCAUUGUGGGAAACCUGAAGAAUCUGGGCGUUAUGCAGUUGCCAUUGUUUGACUACGUGCUGGCCGCCGAUGAUUGCUGCUUUGAGACGAAUUACGCCAAGCUUGGCCAGUUGCCGGAGGGCUAUGCCUUUUGGCUCAAACACCAGAAGGUCUCCACCCAACUGCAAACGCGUUUGUUUUUGCUGGGCGAGCGUCUGCACGCAUCCGAUGUGGUCGAUUCACCCAGCAGCUUCAUCGACAAGCUGUGCAAGUCGCGCACUGUCAACGAUGAGGCUCUGGCGGUUGCCAAACUUAUUUCCAGCACCACAGCCGAUCAUUAUCGAGCACUCAAGAAGCUAAAUCAAACGGGCAACACGGCGUCACUGCAGCGCCUGGAGGCUGAGUUUAAGAUUAUAACCGAUCAGUGGUCAUCGGCCAAUUUUCAGGCCAGCUACAAACGUUAUGUUAACGAUGUGGAAUUUUAAGAAGUUGUUAAGCUCCUGAACUUACCAUGCACUUGUGGUAGUUAGUUCUUUUAGAAAGAAAAAAUAUAAACUGCGAAAUGUCGCAACACGUUCGAGAAGGUUGCUCAUUUGGUACACCCCUAUAAAA